AUGACUGCAGCUCCGAAGACUGCGAAGAGGAGACUAGCUGCGCUCAGCCAGCAGCUCGUGGCUCCCAUUGGGGACCAGGGGAUGUUCGAAAACAUCCCCGUCUUGAAGAAGAUUGCUCCGGAUUCCGUCGGCCCAAGAGUUAAAGGCUUGGUUGUAAUUGUGACGGGAGCCAAUUCUCCCCUCGGUAUUGGUCGAGCUUCAGCACAUCAGUUCGCCCAGAAUGGCGCGAAGGCCAUCUACAUAUGCGACUUCAACGAUUCCAACCUCGAGACGCACAAACGAGAGCUCGCGUCAUUAUAUCCCAGUGUGGAAGUCCAUACCCGGAAAUUCGAUGCUGCGGACGAGGCGGCGGUAAAGGCGGUUGUAGAUGAUGCCAUCAAGUCAUAUGGCCGGCUUGAUAUAUUCUUUGCCAAUGCGGGCGUACUCGGCCAAAACAAGAUCUUCACAGAGGUAACAGGGGAGGAGUUCCUGAACACUUUAAGAACGAAUGUUGUCAGCGUACACCUCGCGGCCAAAUAUGCGGCACCAGCUAUGAUGUUGACAUCCGAAGAGAAGAAAUAUCCGUGUGGAAGCAUAAUCGGCACCGCAUCCGUCGCGGGCCUACGAUCUAAUGCAGGCUCCAGCGAUUACUCCGCCUCGAAAGCUGGCGUGAUCUCCCUCGCACAAAGCAUCGCAUACCAGCUUGCUGGAACAGGCGUUCGUAUCAAUGCGAUUUGCCCGGGUUUGAUUGAGACGGGCAUGACAGCUGCGGUGUAUGAAGCAGCCAGGGCGAGGGGGACAGAGCAGAAAAUCGGGCAGCUGAAUCCUCUGAGACGAGGAGCGCAUGCUGAUGAGGUCGCAAGAGUCGCUUUGUUUUUGGGCAGCGAAGAGAGCAGUUAUGUCAACGGCCAAGCUUGGGCGGUUGACGGUGGUCUUAGUGCAGGGCACCCUUUUGUUCCGGGUAAACUUCAUUAA